ACAAGAUCUAAUAUGGUGGCCCUGUGAAUGCAUGGUACACGUUGCGAGCUCCCCUCUGUCCGACUUGCGGCUAUUUAUUUCUCCUAAAACUGAGUACCACUCUCAUUUUGUCUCGCACGUAUUCAUCUAACCUCAGCGGAACCACGAUGGCAGACUCAAGUUUAGACCAGUUUUUCGCGAAGAAAGACAAAAACAAGAAAAAGACCAAAGGGAAAGUGACUUCCGAACAAAUCGCCAAGAAGAUGGCAGAUAGCGGCGAGAGCGCCGAGAAGACCGUCAAGAAGGACAAGGAAAAACAGGAGAACACCUCGGGAAAGCUGUCUGUCACAAUCCCUUCGCUUGCUCAGGGCGAAGACGAGUGGAACGACUUCGAGGAGGAGAAAGAAGUGGAUUACAGCGGUCUGCGAAUUCAGGCACUCACAAUUGCCGAAAAAGAAAAGGAGGAAGAGGCAGCAAGGGAGCAGCUGGACGAGGAUGGCGAGGACUGCCAGCAGGCUGGUGACCAGCAGUCUGGACCUUGGAAAGUGCAGCAGCAACAACAGCAGCAGCAGGCUGCGGCGGCGGAGCAGCCAUCUACACCACCUCCCGAGCCCGAGCCGCAAGCACCACCACCCAAGACAGAGCCCGAGCCCAAGGAGACCCGUGGCGCAUACCGGCCACCACACCUGCGCUCGGGUGCCGCUGCUGCUGCACGCACCCUGCCUCACAGGGGUCCCGUCGACCUAUGCGCCAAAAUUACGACUUCACCAGCGAAGAGCAGUUUCCCUACCCUAGGUGCCGCCAUUGACACCAAAGCACCUAGGCGGGAGUAUGCCGACCACAGCUUCACAUCUGUCAAACAUGGCCUUCGAAACCGGGAAGACCCCUCGCAACAUCACCUACAGCUCGACUUGGAGAACAAGUAUUCCGCCCUACAUCAAACUGACGGCAACUAGGCUACUGUGCUGCAGACUUUUUUGUUGCAAAGGAGAAGACCGUUGAUGCGGUCUUGUCUCCUACCUGCCAUUGUCGGAAGUGAGGACUACUACACCACAAAAACGGAGCCUAUCCCUCUCUCCUUGACAUUACCAGUUUACCGCUUGAGGCAAGAAGGUGGCAGGGAGAUGUGAAGACAUUCUGCUGCUGCUACCCCUUGCUGCUUGAUUUCACACCUCCUUUUAUUUUUUGUUUGUACCUUUUAGUGUCCUUUGUAACCAGCAGUUUCCCCCUCAUUGAUGUCCUUUUUAACCCCUUCCAUUGUCUGGUAGCCACCCUCUCCCCCACCCCAUCUGUCGUAUACCUUUAUUAUUUGAAUUUUUUUUUCUUGCUUCUGUAGCCCUGGACCAUGGUGAUGAAUAAUGUCUGCACUUUUUGAGCCGCAGUAACUUCAGGGACGCCGAGGUGCAGUCUUAGGCACAACUUUCGAGCCACGCUCUAUUUUUGAAGCGUGAAAGUUUUUGUGAAACCUGGUGGUGUGCUUAAAAGCUUUCGGCAGGAGUCGGUGCCAUGCCAGCAGGAAGGAGUGGUUAUGCUUACGAUGGCGGCAGGAUAGGCGUUGCCCUUGCUUGGCCGAAGUGCGGUCCCCUCUGAGGGUUGUUGCACUGUGCGACGUACUGUGGUCUCGAGCGUGUGCGUGUAUUCGUGUGCCACCAUAAAAUGAAGUGUUCUGUGUUUCAGGAAAGGUUGGUGGCAAGGCUGUAUGAAUAUAACGCACAAGUGACCCUCCUAUCCUCUAAUUUUUAUUGUUGAAGUGGUCUGGUUUUAGCCAUGUUCAGCCACUUCGGAUGCUGCCGCAACAGUCUGAGUGAUGGUACAGCAUGGGCUGAACAAGAGUGGACCAAGACUUCUGUCCCAAAGGGUACGCUGCCUACAGAAGCAAAAAAAGAAAACAAAGUCUGUAAAACUACAGAGCAUGACAGCAUUGUGAUACGUAGACUAAACUAGUUGAGGUUUAAAGGACACGAGUUUAAGUAGCUGCCGUGUUGCUUGGAGAGCGAAGAGAGAAACCAAACUUUUCAUUUUUUUUCUUGACCUGUGCAACCUUCAAGUGCCCUUGAUUUGACGCUGCGGACCUAUUGAAGCUGUUGCAACUGGGAGCUUGAGCCAGGUGUCUCGUAGCAGCCUCCCAGUAUACAGUCAAUAAUGUAAAACCUGCCAAACCUGUUUCGCACAUCUAAGGUUUUCAGCUGUACCCCUCAAAGGUGGGCUUCUAAAUUUGUAUGCCAUUUAUCCACGUUUAUUUUAGAAGUUUUGUGAAUGCCUUUGGAUUACAGUGAAGUGAUGUGGUUUAAACGGAGUUUGUACUUGUCGAGCACUGGGAGGCAAGGGAGCUGGAAGGUUUCGUCUCGAGGCGUGGUCCUGUUGAGCAGGUGGUUUAAGUUGUUGCGAGUGGUACUUGCAGACAUUUUCUGAUGUUGAUAGCUUGUAGGAGGCGUUGAUUUUGGAGCGCAGGCCUCGACAGUGCAAAGCUCUGAGCAGCAGAUUGUACUAUAUCGACGCAAUUCUUGGAAUUAAUGGGAAGGUUCUGAUUAUUGUGUACUGUCUGACAAUGUUUUUGAUGUAUUGGUAAUAUGAAAUUGCCACUAUGGGAAAAAGAUUUCCUGGUACAGCUGGCUGGUUUUGUAUUGGAAGUGCUGUGUACUUUAAAACACUAUUUUAUGCAAUGUUUCCUUUAUAAUGUAGGUGUUAUGAAAGUAAAGAAUUACGAUCGACCCUUGU